UGCACUGCGCUCCGGCGCCUGAGGAGGGGGAGAGCAGCGACGUCCGCACAACUUGCAGACUGUGGCGCAACUGGUCUCGGCGGCCGAGGGCCCCCGACAGUGCCCUGCUGAGGUACUUGAGGGGAAAAAAAAAGAACAGUCUCAACCAUGAACAGGCUAUCCAUCAUUACCAACUACAGAUGACCUGCCAUUUCAUUUACCAAGAUGUCUUCUGCUGCUGGAAAUGCAGAUGCAACACCUGCAAGGCAAAAUGAAGAAAAAACCUACAAGAAGACUGCAUCAUCUGCUAUCAAAGGUGCUAUUCAGCUGGGAAUAGGGUACACGGUGGGCAACCUCACUUCUAAGCCGGAACGAGACGUUCUCAUGCAAGACUUUUAUGUGGUGGAAAGCGUGUUCCUGCCCAGUGAGGGAAGCAAUCUGACCCCUGCACAUCACUUCCCAGACUUCCGAUUCAAGACAUACGCUCCACUGGCCUUCCGCUACUUCAGAGAACUUUUUGGUAUCAAGCCUGAUGAUUACUUGUAUUCCAUCUGUAGUGAGCCUCUGUUGGAACUGUCCAACCCUGGGGCCAGUGGCUCCUUGUUCUUCGUGACCAGCGAUGAUGAAUUUAUCAUCAAAACAGUUCAGCACAAAGAAGCUGAGUUCCUCCAGAAGCUCCUGCCGGGAUAUUACAUGAAUUUAAACCAGAACCCAAGGACGCUGUUGCCAAAGUUUUAUGGACUGUACUGCGUGCAGUCCGGGGGCAUCAACAUCCGGAUCGUGGUCAUGAACAAUGUGCUGCCCCGUGCCAUGAGAAUGCACUUCACCUACGACUUGAAAGGCUCGACUUACAAGCGCAGAGCAUCCCGGAAAGAGAGAGAGAAAUCCAACCCUACCUUUAAGGACUUGGAUUUCCUGCAGGACAUGCAUGAAGGCCUGUAUUUCGACACAGAAACAUACAACGCACUCAUGAAAACACUGCAGAGAGACUGCCGGGUGCUAGAAAGUUUCAAGAUCAUGGACUACAGCCUUUUGCUGGGGAUCCACAUCUUGGAUCAUUGCCUUAAAGAGAGAGAAGAGGAGACCUCCCAACACGUGCCUGAUGCUAAACGGCCUGGCACACAGAAAGUCCUCUACUCAACAGCCAUGGAAUCCAUCCAGGGUCCAGGGAAGUCUGGGGAUGGCAUCACCACGGAGAACCCCGACUCAAUGGGAGGCAUUCCAGCUAAAAGCCAUAAAGGAGAAAAGCUACUUUUAUUUAUGGGCAUCAUUGAUAUUCUCCAAUCAUAUAGGUUAAUGAAGAAGUUAGAACAUUCUUGGAAAGCUCUUGUUUAUGAUGGGGACACUGUUUCUGUUCAUAGACCAAGUUUUUAUGCAGACAGAUUCCUUAAGUUUAUGAAUUCCAGGGUUUUCAAGAAGAUCCAAGCUUUGAAGGCAUCACCUUCUAAAAGGCGAUGCAAUUCCAUCGCUGCCUUCAAGGCCACCUCACAGGAGAUUGUGUCCUCCAUGAGCCAGGAGUGGAAGGAUGAGAAACGAGAUUUGCUGACCGAAGGACAAAGUUUUAGUAGCCUUGAUGAAGAAGCCCUGGGCUCCCGACACCGGCCAGACCUGGUGCCCAGCACUCCAUCGCUGUUUGAAGCUGCUUCCUUGGCCACCACAAUUUCUUCUUCUUCAUUGUACGUCGACGAGCAGCACACACGUGACAGGACUACACUUUACUCAAACAGUAAAGGGUUAGCUUCCAGUUCAACCUUUACCCUGGAGGAGGGGACCAUCUACCUGAGCGCCGAUCCUGAUGCUGUGGAGCUGCCGGAGGACAAUGCCUCAGUACUGGAUGUCUACUUGUGAGAAUGAUGAUCACAUCAUGUGUACAAACGAGAUGCACACACUUGUGAGAGAAGUUUCUCCACUCCAGAGUUGGGCAGAACUUGGCUGAGCCCCGACUGCACUCACAGUAAUGACAGCUGGACCGGGAGUCUGCAGGCUGUCUGGGAAGCCUUAGGGGACAGGCUGAUUAACAGACGGGUUGGCCAAAAUACCACACUGUUCUAUCCAUCGCUGUUGCCUGCCGGCCAGCGAGGACCCACAUGAACAAUGUUUCUGCCGCUCCUGCACCAUUGCCGCUCACCUUCUCUGGACCUGAAGCGCUGCUCUCCUGUGGACUUUAGCUUGAUUUCCUUUUG